AUGUCCAACGUCCAGACCAGCAAGAAGCAGCGCUCGGCCAUCGCCGACGUUGUGUCGCGCGAGUACACCAUCCACCUGCACAAGAGAAUGCACGGUGUUACCUUCAAGAAGCGCGCUCCUCGUGCUAUCAAGGAGAUCCGCGCCUUUGCUGAGAGGGCCAUGGGUACCAAGGACGUCCGUCUUGACCCCCAGUUGAACAAGAAGGUCUGGGAGGCUGGCAUCAAGGGCGUUCCAUACCGUCUGCGUGUCCGCAUCUCCCGCAAGCGUAACGACGAGGAGGGUGCUAAGGAGAAGCUGUACUCCAUGGUCUACGCCGUCAACGUCAAGGAGCCCAAGGGUCUCCACACUGCUGUCGUUGAUGACGAGUAA